GAGGCGCUAAACCUCGGCGCAUCGUCGAAAAACCUUCGAGAACUCAAACUCCUUCCUGCAGUGGCAGCAUGGAGAGCUGAGCCGUGAGCGCCCGGGAGCUGCCAAUCAUCUGCAGCACUGGUUCCUCUAUUGUAACGGAUCAUCUGCAUAUUCAUCAGCCUACAUUAGUCUUACGAUACUCAUGGCGAGUGAGCAGGACGUGGCGGCAGUGGGGACCAUACUUGUUAACCCCAAACAGGACUUGACGACGCGAUUUAGAGCACUUUUUACGUUACGUAAUCUUGGAGGACCAGAGGCUAUUAAAUGGAUCAGCGAGGCCUUUGUGGAUGAUUCUGCACUUCUGAAGCAUGAGCUGGCCUACUGCCUUGGCCAGAUGCAGGACGAGCGAGCAAUUCCCAUUCUGGAGAUGGUGCUGAAAGAUACCAGGCAAGAGCCAAUGGUCAGGCAUGAAGCAGGUGAAGCUUUGGGAGCCAUCGGAAAUCCGAAAGUCUUAGAUUUGCUGAAGCAGUAUUCAGAGGAUCCAGUCAUUGAGGUGGCAGAGACGUGUCAGCUGGCUGUGAGGAGGUUGGAGUGGUUGAUGAAGGGUGGAGAUGAAAGCUCAGCGGAGGGCUUGGACAGUAACCCCUACAGCUCCGUGGACCCUGCACCCCCAGCCCAGAGGAAGAGUGUUUCCGAGCUGAGGAAAGAGCUGCUGGAUGAACUGCUGCCACUGUUUGAACGCUACCGAGCCAUGUUUGCCCUUAGAAACCUCGGCACAGAGGAGGCUGUGCUGGCUCUAGGAGAUGGCCUCCAGUGCAGCAGUGCCUUGUUCCGGCAUGAGAUCGGCUACGUGCUGGGCCAGAUGCAACACGAGGCCAGCAUCCCUCACCUGCGGGCCGCUCUAGAGAAGGAGGAUGAGAGCGCUAUGGUGCGGCAUGAGUGCGCGGAGGCGCUGGGCUCCAUUGGCAGAGAUGCGUGUGUGCCCAUACUGCAGCAGUACCGGCAGGACAGAGAAAGGGUGGUGAAGGAAAGCUGUGAAGUGGCUCUGGAUAUGCUGGAGUACGAGAACAGCUUGCAGUUUCAGUACGCAGAUGGACUGCUCCGAGUGCACACUGCUGCUCAGUGACAGCGGGUUCUGCUUUCUCAGGAAACUUCAGCACAUUAACAUAGUGUUGAUUUUCAGUGGUCCAGCAUGGACCAUUCUGGCCUUAGGCUCAACACAUGGUUUGGUAUAAACUGUUGCUCACUAUCAGUCAGCUUCUUCAGAUGAAAUACACGUUAAAUAAAUGUUUUAAACCUAUAUCCAUCUCCUAAGCCUGUCUUAUUUCAGGUGAAUUUACUGUUUUACACCUGGCUUUAAAAGACUCAUAUCAUGGGGGGGUUGAACUCGUUAGGCCUAAUUCACCAAUAUCAUCAUAUGUGUUUUCUUAAAUUUGUUCUUGAGAAAGGUCCCGAGAAAGUCUACGUCAGGUUCAUGACGUGGUCUUAAACUGCAGCAUUGUUUGCACCUUAAUGCUCUUGAGUGUGUGUAGAUUCUGUUCUUACCCAAGAACACAUCCGAAAUAAAACAUUGGUGUCAGAAUUCACCAAUAAAUGGGUUUUAAGAAGAAAUUUCAUCUUAAGAGCCGUUGGUGAAUGAGGCCCAAUGUUUUCAUGAUGUCACCAAAACCAAAUCACUUGUACAUACCUUCCUAUUCAGCCUACAGCAGAUUAGCUUGGGCUGCUUUUUAAAUGAGGCACAAUACCGGCCAAUCAGAAGAAAGCUUAAUUUCCAUAUGAAAACAGCCUGUUUAAGGAAUAAUGAGAGGUUGGAAAAUUGUCAUGUGCAAAUGCAAAUGGACUGUUUCUGUAUACAAACCUGCACAAGUGGAGAAAAAAAUAAAAUGGAAGAAAAACGU